GCCGCUACUGUUUUCUAAAUUUCAGCAAACCCAAAUUAAUUCUGUCUCCAGUAAAGAUUCCGUUCCUUUUGCCUCUGUCUUUGCCUUCUGGAAAAAAAGAUAUGAAGGGAUUGUUGCUAUGGUGCUGUUUCUGGGUUUUGUUAGUAAUGGAGGGAGAAAGAGUAAUGGGGGAAACCGCGAACUCAGGGGAGAGGAAGCUUGACCAGACGCCUACAUGGGCGGUGGCCGGUGUUUGUGCUGUUAUCAUCGUCAUUUCUAUUACCUUGGAGAAGGUUCUUCAUAAACUUGGAACGUGGUUCACAGAAAGACACAAGCGAGCUCUGUUUGAAGCUUUGGACAAGAUUAAAGCUGAGCUGAUGGUUCUGGGUUUUAUUUCGCUGCUCCUCACUUUUAGCCAGAGCUAUAUUGCCAGAAUCUGUAUCCCUACAGAUGUUGCGAAUACCAUGUUGCCUUGUAAAGCUGAUGUCAAGGAGAAGGCCCCUGAAGACAGUGAAGAAGAACACCGUCGAAGACUCUUAUGGUUCGACAGCAGAAGUUUGGUUACUAUUUCAACGGCUUCUAAAUGCAAGGAGGGGCAUGAACCGCUUAUAUCCGUCGAAGGGUUGCACGAGUUGCACAUACUCAUAUUCUUCCUUGCUGUUUUCCAUGUUUUAUAUAGUUUUGUUACUAUGAUGUUUGGGAGACUAAAGAUUCGUGGCUGGAAAAAGUGGGAGCAGGAAACUUUAUCUCAUGACUAUGAGUUUACAAACGAUCCCUCUCGAUUCAGGCUUACUCAUGAGACAUCUUUUGUGAAAGCUCACACCAGCUUUUGGACCAGGAUUCCCGUCUUCUUUUACAUUGGAUGCUUCUUUCGACAAUUUUUCAGGUCUGUUGGGAGGGUUGACUACUUGACAUUGCGAAAUGGAUUUAUCAACGUUCAUUUAGCUCCCGGGAGUAAGUUUAACUUCCAAAAAUAUAUCAAAAGAUCAUUAGAGGAUGACUUCAAGAUCGUUGUAGGAGUAAGUCCAUUGCUCUGGGCAUCAUUUGUGGUCUUCUUGCUGCUAAAUGUCAAAGGGUGGCAAGCACUAUUUUGGGCAUCUCUAAUUCCUGUGACUAUAAUCUUAGCUGUCGGGACAAAGCUUCAAGCCAUUUUGACAAAGAUGGCUCUCGAAAUUACGGAAAGGCAUGCCGUGGUCCAGGGAAUGCCUCUUGUACAAGCCUCUGACAAAUACUUUUGGCUUGGUCGACCCCAAUUAGUUCUUCAUCUGAUACAUUUUGCCUUAUUUCUGAAUGCAUUCCAGAUAACUUAUUUCUUGUGGAUCUUGUAUUCCUUUGGGAUGAAUGCUUGCUUUCAUGAUGAUCUCAGAAUUGUCUUGGUAAAAAUAGCUUUGGGGGCCGGAGUUCUACUUUUGUGCAGCUACAUCACCCUUCCGCUAUAUGCCCUAGUAACUCAGAUGGGUUCCCGCAUGAAGAGGUCCAUCUUCGACGAGCAAACAUCCAAGGCCCUCAAGAAUUGGCACAUGGCUGCUAAAAAGAGACGAGGGAAUGCAAGAAAGUCCCCCACUAGAACCCUGGGUGGAAGUGCAAGCCCGAGUUCAACACUUCAUUCCCCUGGUCAAUCACUUCAUCGAUUCAAAACUACUGGUCAUUCAACUCGCUCGUCAUAUACCUAUGACGAUCCAGACUUGUCCGAUCUCGAAACCGAACCAUUGACACCUGCAUCAACCGACAAUUUAACAAUAAGAGUGGACGACGAUGAGCAAGCAACUGAAACGAGUGAAAUCUACCAUGUGGAAGCAAGAAAUGAAGAUGACUUCUCCUUCGCAAAGCCUGCCCCGGCGAAGGGACCAUGAGAUGUGCUGAAUCGGUCUCGUGCCGGAGCAGGGAAGAGGGAAAAGGAGACUUUCCUUACAAGUAAACAAGAACAACGAGAGAAACCAAACCUAUUGCGAGCCAACAAUGUUUGUGUUGUAAGAAUAGCUUGUAAAUGCAUGAUGGCUACCAAUAGUUAUCGUGGUUUGUAAAGAUAAUAUUUUAUUAAACCAAUUACUCA